GGUGUUUAAUGUAGAAAGUGCUUUGGUCGGCUUAUCGUCAGUCACCAAGGAUAGCGCGACAUGGAAAGGUUGUUGGUUUUAGUGACAUUAAUAACCACUCUUGCAAAUGUGCAAGGUGGUGUUCUUGUUGAUAACGCCCCUGCAUGUCCAGAACCCCUCGGAGUACAAGCAUACGCUCACCCCGAAUCAUGCAAUCACUUCUUCCUAUGUACAAACGGCACCUUAACUGUGGAAACCUGCGAGAACGGUUUACUUUUCGAUGGGAAAGGUGCUGUUCACAACCACUGUAACUACAAUUGGGCAGUUGAAUGUGGAGCCCGAAAAGCAGACUUGACCCCUAUAAGUACCCCUGGAUGUGAAUAUCUCUUCGGAAUCUACCCAUACAGCCAAGAUUGUUCCACCCACUACGUGAAAUGUGCCCAUGGUGAACCCAUUCCACAAAGUUGCGACCCCGGAUUAGUCUAUGAUCACAAAAUACACGGUUGCAAUUGGCCAGAUUUACUAUCCGAAACUUGUAAUCCAGAAGCUGUUGUCGGUUUCAAAUGCCCAACAAAAGUACCGUCGAACAGUGUUGCAGCUAAAUUUUGGCCGUAUCCCAGAUUUCCGGUACCAGGAGAUUGUGGACGUCUAAUAACGUGCGUGAAUGGUCAUCCCCGAUUGAUCACAUGUGGAGAAGGAAAAGUGUUCGAUCCUUCGUCUCUGACAUGCGAAGAACCAGAAUUCGUACCACACUGUGCAAACCAUCUUUAACCUGAUAUUCUUCUUUUUCAUUUCCAAAAACAAAAUGUGCAUAGAUACUUACUAAAUCGUAUCAUAAAGAUGUACAUAUGCUAACGUAAAUUAUAUAAAUUAUUUACUACCAUAAAUCUUCAACUAAAUCGUACUUCUCCCUACACAUUGCUAGAACUGGUUAUUUACAUAAAUUCUAAUAGUUUACAAUUUUGUUGUAAGACAAAUAAAUUUUUAUAUUAUUAUGA